CUUUGGUUUUGAAGCAUUACUGAAUCUUCCAAAGUUCGAUCAGAAUCCAAGAUGAAGGGACCCAAACCUUUGGCAAUUGUCAUAAAGCUUGGAACAAGUUCCAUUGUUGACGAAAAGACCCAUGAACCGCUAUUAUCAACAUUGUCCCUGAUUGUUGAGACAGCUGUAAAGCUUCGUAAAGAUGGACACAAGGUGAUCAUUGUGUCUUCCGGAGCCAUCGGGGUUGGUCUCAGGAGAAUGGACCUUGACAAAAGACCAAAGCAUCUUCCAAGGAUACAGGCUUUGGCAGCAAUUGGACAAUGUAGACUUAUAAGUCUCUGGGAUAGUCUUUUUGGCCACUUGCGACAGCCAAUUGCUCAAAUACUGCUUACGAGGAAUGAUAUUGCAGAUCGUACACAAUAUCUCAAUGCUCAGAAUACCUUCGCCGAGCUCCUUGAGAUGGGGGUAAUUCCCAUCGUCAACGAGAAUGAUACUCUUGCUGUUACUGAAAUCAAGUUUGGAGACAACGACACUCUAUCAGCCAUCACAGCCGCUAUGGUUCAUGCGGAUUAUCUAUUCCUCAUGACUGAUGUAGAUUGCUUGUAUGACAAGAACCCAAGAACAAAUCCGGACGCCCAGGCCAUUGAGGUUGUUGAGGAUAUUACUGCUUUGCAAGCAGAUGUAUCCAGCGCAGGCUCGAGCCUUGGUACGGGUGGGAUGUCCACCAAGAUUGUAGCAGCACGUCUGGCCACCUCAGCAGGUGUGACAACCGUCAUCACACGCUCCUCUAACCCAGGAAACAUAGCAAACAUAGUACGCUACCUGCAGGCCAUUAAGACCUCGUCUUCUGAAUCCUCCACGCCCCCGCCAGGAAAAAUCAUCACUUCCUCAGACACAGCUUUCGAAGAGCCGUUGGCUAGAUCAACCGCUUCAUUGACCCUUGAAGGAAAGCUCCAAGCUCCCUUACAUACAAGAUUCAUUCCAUCCUCUCAUCCAAUUCGAGACCGACAGUUCUGGCUCCUCCAUGGCCUUGCUCCCCACGGCACAAUUUACAUCGACGCUGGCGCGCAUCGUGCUCUGGCAAACAAAGCGGGCCUCCUUCCUGUCGGCAUCGUAGAUGUGGAAGGAAACUUCGCACAACAAGAAGCUGCUCGUUUAGUAGUUGUGGAACGAAUCCCUAAAUCGGCAGCCGCUCAAGGAGCAACGAAAUUAUGGGAAGGACCUGGUCAUGAAGUGGGCAGGGCAUUGGUGAAUUACAGCGCAGCGGAGAUUGCUAGGAUUAAGGGGGUGCAGAGUAGUGAGAUUCACGGACUGCUUGGGUACGCUGAUAGCGAGUAUGUGGCGCUGCGGGAGAAUAUCAGUUUCUUCACGAGGGAAAGUAGACCUGUGACGCCGAGUUUGGAGGCAUAG